AUGGGCCACUCCCAUUCAUAUUCCUACUCCGACGGGUUUGCAUCCGACGAGGCGGAUGUUAAGGCGGGCGCGGGGCCCUGCGGGAAGCGCGGGGGGCACUACGCAUCCGCGCACUACAAGCGCGGCGCAGGCGGCGCCAGCUUCCCCGCCGCCGGGGGGUCCAGCGGGCGCAGCGGACGCCUGGACGUGGAGUCGGCGGCGGCAGCGGCUGUGGCGGCCAUAGCGGGAACCGGCGCAGCGGCUUCCGCGGGUUCCGCGCAAUCGUCUCAGCCGUCGCAGGCGUCGUCCGCGCGGCACGGCGGGUCCGCACGGCGCUCGAUGCGCAUGGCGGCGCGCCGAGAGCAGGGGAACGCGGGGGCAGGCGGAGUAGGAAUGCGGCGGAUUGCGGAGGAGGAGCGGGAGGAUGGCGGAGCGGGUGUCGGGGCGAGUGCGGGCGGGGGGGCGGAAAUCGUGGGGAAUGGGGGAGGGGUCGAGGCAGAGGCUGGCGCAGCAUCGGCGGGCAUUGCGGGAGGAUCCGCAGGCCAGAUGCAAGUUCCGCUUUCCGCCAACGCGCAGGGUCACGCGCAUGCGCACGGGCACGGGUACGGGCAUUCGCACCCGCAAUCCCGCGCGUCUGUGCAGCCAUUGGCGCAAGUCCACACGCGCGCAAUGGCACAUGCGAACGGGGGGUUCCGUGUGCCUGCUACGCGCAGCCCGCGCUGGCGCCACGCGGGCACGGGGGAGGGGGGCGCGCACGCGGCGCAGGCGGGCGGAGAAGCCGGCGGAAGGGGAGGAGGCGGUGGUGGUGGUGGGGACGAGAGAUCUGCGGCCGCCGCCGCUGCUGCUUCUGUUAGCGCUGCCGCCCCCGCCGUGGGGGCUCCUGGUGCUGGCACCAGCAGCAGCAGCGGUGCUUCCCCUUCCGCCGGUGUUGCAAGUAAUGGGCUGACUGCUUCCUCUCUCCUGCUUCACAACGCAUCGCACGGCAGCAGAACACAGCCGACCGCACACAGGGAAGGGCUGACCGCGACUCACGACGACCCCACCACGGCCCUGAAUCCAGCGGGAAUGGCGGCGGGAAGGGCGGAUAAGAAUGAAGAUGGGGAUGGGGAUGGGGAUGGGGAUGGGGAUAGCUCGUCAGCAGCCGCUGAAGAUGGUACAACGUCGGUAGGGAGCAGGGACGUGGGUCCUGGGGGAGGGCUUUCCGCCGCUGCGUGGAGAGAUGCCGCGUUUGCAGCGGACGACCGAACCUACACCUCAGGCUCGGACAGCGACUAUCCCGGAGCUCCGAGCUCGCGCCGGGAGCUCUGGAUGGCCCCGGACUGGCAGACGAGGUCUGGGGAAGCUGCUGCAGCUGCUGCUGCUGCCGGUUCUGCUGGUGCGUCUGCUGGUGUGGGGACCGGUGGUGCUGGUGCUGGGGGGGGUGUGACUGCGGCUGCUCUGGCAGGUGGGGGGAGGGCGAGUGUGGGGGAGGAAGGGUCGGAGAGGGAGGGGGGGGCGAGCGCAGCAGGGGAGGAGGUGGGGGGGUAUUCCCCUGACGAGGAGGAUAGUGUGGAGGGGCAGAGGCGGAAGGUGAAGGGUCGCGUGAGGAGGAAGGCGGGAGAUGCGCGGCGAGCAGAGGACAUGGCUGCACGGCAGUCUGAUGAUGACUCGGGGAUUGACUGA